AUGGGGGCCGAUAAAGCUAAAUUAACAUUAAGUGAAAUUGGACUUGCAUUGGAAGAAUUUAAUUUAAAACAUUACCCAAAUGUUCAAUUUGUUUUUGAUGGACGGAGUAAUAUGUAUACUACAGCGGAGCUAAAAGCGGAGACAGAUUCAAUAUCAAUAUUAGAUGUUGAAUAUAAUAAAACUGUUGUAUUCAUUAUCAAUACAAAAGUUGUCAAUACAUUUCAUAUGAAUAAAGUUGAGCAGUAUUUAAAAACAGGAUCAUCCAAUAACACCCCCCAUGAAGCAUUGCAUGUAUUGGAUGUCGUAUUGAAAAAUACUCUGACUUCUUUAAGGUUUAUUAAUAAUGGAAAAUCGUUCUUAUCUAUUCCACGUUAUAUAUCAGAAGAUUUGGGCGAUGGAUUAGAAYUAUGGGAAGAAUUUUAUCAAAGUCGAGUCAUCGGUUGGAAACCUUAUAUAAAUAUAGAUGUGACAAACAAAGGAUUUCUAAAGCAUCAGCCAUUGGUAGAUUACAUUGCUGUAGACCUGUGCUGUGAUCUUUAUGUUGCAAUGAAUCAAGCAAAUAUUAAUAAACUUGAAAAUUAUGUUAAAGGAUUAAAGGUUAAUUUUGAGAUACCAAAUCAACCUAAUACAAAACGAAUAUACAGAGUAAAUGGUCUUUUAAGUUCUGCAUCAACAUUUUAUAUGAUACUAGAAAUUGGAAUAGGUAAUAAGGAAGUUAUACCUAAAUCUGGUGUUUGGAAUCCAAAAGAGUUUUCUAAAGCAGUACAAAUUAGACGAUGGGUUAUAUUGAAUAUGGAUCAGUAUAUCAGCUAUUCAGACAUUAGGAAUUUUGAACAAUACUUGAUACAUAGUGGUAAAAAUCUAAAUUUUAAUGUGAGUCCAGUGAGUUCUAUAAUUAACUGUUUUUUAAAAAAAAAUUGGACUGUAAAUAAAGGUCUCAAAGAAGUAACUAAUAUUUUCAAAACACAGAAGAAAAAUACAAAUUUGUUUUUGGUUAUUGUCCCCACAAAUUCUUCUUCUUCAAUUUAUGGAAUUGUUAAACAAGCAUCAGAACAAAUUGUUGGUGUACUCACACAAUGCAUUAAAUCCAAUACUCUGACAAUAAAUAAUUUCAUAUUGAAAAUUAAUUCUAAAUUGAAUGGUAUCAAUCACUUGAUAGCUGAAAGAUGUCGUCCAUCGUGUAUGAAAGAUGCAAUUAUUUUUGGAGCUGAUAUAUCACAUAUUGGGUCUAUAAAUAACAGUGCUCCAUCAAUUGCUGCAGUAACAGCCAGCUAUGAUCUCAACUUAAGUCAGUAUGCUAUGGAAUGGCGUUUUCAGCCACCUUUUGAGGAGAUCAUUCUAGAUCUAGAGAACAUAAUUUAUAAGCUUUUAAAUAAUUUCAAAGAAAAGACAAAUGUUAUACCGAAGAAGAUAUUAUACUUUAGGGAUGGUGUAAGUGAAGUGCUUAGGGAACAUUUGGUGGAAUGUGAACUGGUGGCCAUCCGUCGAGCAUGUUUACGAUUGAAUUGUUUCUACACACCUCCAAUAACAAUUCUUGUCAUACAAAAACGACAUCACGCUAGAAUCUUCCCUAUUCAUCAUAUCGAUAUGAAUGGGAUGUCUGGUAAUGUCUGCCCAGGCAUGGUUAUUGAUACUCACAUUACUCAUCCUACAGAACUUAAUUUUUUAUUAUGUAGUCACUCAGCAGUUAAAGGUACAUCAAGACCGACUAAAUAUCAUGUGAUUUGGGAUGACAGCUAUUUCGAAGAAAACGAGAUUGAACAACUCACAUUUUACUUGUGUUUUAUGUCUGCUCGUUGCAGCCGUUCUGUAUCAUAUCCUGCACCGACAUAUUACGCUCACUUGGCUGCAUUCAGAAUUCGUUCCUAUCUCGAAAACAAAACAAUAAAUAUAAAUCGAUUAGAUGAGGAGCAAGUCAAAAACCAAUUGAACUCCAAGCUCAUUGAAAACACUCCUAUGUUCUACAUUUGA